AGAAAGCCCGUCCCCUCCCUUCGCUGCGUCGAACCAUUCCUUUUUCUCGAACUCCCAUUUUCUUCCUUCCUUCUCCUCCUACCCCUCCCGGUCGCCAUCAAACGAACGUCAAAAACCGGAGUUUCGUGGAGAAGAGAGAAAGAAAGGCGCCGCCGGUUUGGUUCUCUGACUUCUUCUCCUAUUAAUAAGGUCUCUCCAAGAACCUCUCCAAAGUAACUCCUCUCUUCCCUUGUUCAACGACGAAAUCCUUCGCUCUCUUUGCUCUUGUUUUUGAUGGAAUCCGUGCCUAAUCCCACGCCGGUACCUCAGAAGCUCCAAGUGGAAUCCAACGGGACCAUACCCAAGUCGAACCACCUCUUUGAUCUAAGGAAUUCUCUUUCUUCCGUCAAGGUCCCGAGCCUGAACGGCGAUCUGAAGCUCCAAUUUCGGAGGAAGAUGGGGUCGGAGAGCAAAACCAAUCCGAAAAUCGUCCAUGGAGAAGCCGGAUACGUUCUUGAAGAUGUUCCGCACCUCACGGAUUAUAUUCCGGAUCUCCCUAGCUAUCCCAAUCCGCUGCAAGAUAAUCCAGCAUACUCAGUUGUGAAGCAGUUUUUUGUGAAUCGGGAUGACACUGUUAAACAGAAGAUUGUGGUUCAUAAGACAAGCCCCAGAGGAACCCAUUUUCGACGUUCUGGGCCCCGUCAAAGGGUGUAUUUCGAGUCAGAUGAGGUGCACGCAUGCAUCGUGACAUGUGGAGGCCUGUGCCCUGGGCUUAACACAGUGAUAAGAGAAAUAGUAUGCGGCUUGUCGCACAUGUAUGGUGUCACCAAAAUCCUUGGCAUAGAGGGUGGAUACAGAGGUUUCUAUGCACGCAAUACAAUUACCUUGACACCCAAGACUGUCAAUGAUAUUCACAAAAGGGGGGGCACCAUCCUUGGCACAUCACGAGGGGGUCAUGAUACUUCAAAGAUAGUUGAUAGCAUUCAGGAUCGUGGGAUUAAUCAGGUCUAUAUAAUUGGAGGAGAUGGAACUCAAAAGGGGGCUUCUGUGAUUUUUGAGGAAAUUCAACGAAGAGGCCUUAAAGUUGCUGUUGCUGGCAUUCCAAAGACAAUAGACAAUGACAUUGCGGUUAUAGAUAAGUCGUUUGGUUUUGAUACUGCUGUAGAAGAGGCCCAACGGGCAAUCAAUGCAGCACAUGUGGAAGCUGAAAGUGUUGAGAAUGGAAUAGGUGUUGUGAAGUUAAUGGGUCGCUAUAGUGGGUUUAUUGCAAUGUAUGCUACUCUUGCAAGCCGAGAUGUGGACUGUUGCUUGAUUCCAGAAUCACCCUUCUAUUUGGAAGGGAAGGGCGGACUUUUUGAAUAUAUAGAGAAGCGUCUUAAAGAGAAUGGUCACAUGGUUCUUGUUGUUGCUGAGGGUGCAGGACAAGAGUUUAUUGCUGAAAAUAUGCGGUCCAUGGACCAUGCAGAUGCUUCUGGAAAUAAGCAACUCCUUGAUGUUGGCUUUUGGUUGUCUCAGAAAAUAAAGGAUCACUUUGCAAGCAGAAAGAAGAAGAUGGUGAUAAAUCUUAAAUAUAUAGAUCCGACAUACAUGAUUCGUGCAAUUCCAAGCAAUGCCUCUGACAAUGUUUACUGCACAUUGUUGGCACAUAGUGCCAUCCACGGUGCCAUGGCAGGAUACACUGGUUUUACCAUUGGCCCUGUUAAUGGCAGACAUGCUUACAUACCAUUCCAUAGGAUCACAGAAACACAGAACAAGGUUGUAAUAACUGAUAGGAUGUGGGCAAGGCUACUCUCUUCAACUAAUCAACCAAGUUUUCUGAGCCAUAAAGAUGUUGAGGAUUCCAAAAAGGAAGAAGAAGAACAAACACAAUUGUUGGAUGGGGAGAAUUGCAAAGAUGGUCAUCAUGUUUUUCUGAUGAAAAAGGAUGGUCAUCAUGUUAAGGGUGUUGUUGACAAUGGCUUGACAUAUAGUUAAUGGUGCUACCUAGAUGAAGUUUAAGUUAAAAAAUAGGUCUUUUCAAUUUUGCUCCCGACUCAGAGUGGAUGAGUUGGGCUGUAUUUGAUCGCCGAGGUCAAACAUGUAUGGGUUUGCCCCCCUGAAUAAGAUAAAUUCGUUUAUUUAAUACUAUAACAAGUCAUGUUCCAUGUUGCCACCUCUA